AUGGAAAACCAAACCAUCAUCUCAGAAUUCCUCCUCCUGGGUCUGCCCAUUCAACCAGAUCAGCGAGACCUGUUUUAUGCCCUGUUCCUGGCCAUGUAUCUUACUACUGUCUUGGGAAAUCUCCUUAUCGUCAUCCUCAUUUGUCUGGACUCACAUCUGCAUACACCUAUGUAUUUUUUUCUCAGCAAUUUAUCUUUCUCUGACUUCUGUUUUUCUUCUGUGACCAUCCCCAAAUUAUUAGAGAACAUGCAGAGCCAGGUCCCAUCCAUUCCCUAUGCUGGCUGCCUGACUCAAAUGUACUUUUUCCUACUUUUUGCAGAUGUGGAGAGUUUCCUUCUUGUGGUCAUGGCCUAUGACCGCUAUGUGGCCAUCUGCUUCCCACUGCACUAUACUACCAUCAUGAGCCCCAAGCUUUGUCUGUCUCUGAUGGUGCUAUCCUGGGUGUUGACUACUGUCAUUUCCUUGUUGCACACCCUGCUUAUGGCUCGGUUGUCUUUCUGUGCUGAUAAUGUGAUCCCCCACUUUUUCUGUGACAUGUCGGCUCUACUAAAGUUGGCCUGCUCUGACAUUCAGAUAAAUGAAAUGAUGAUAUUUAUCUUUGGAGGUCUUGUCAUUAUUGUUCCUUUCUUGUUAAUUUUUUCAUCCUAUGCACGAAUUGUCUCCUCCAUCCUCAAAGUUCCUUCUGCCAGGGGUAUUCGCAAAGCUUUCUCCACUUGUAGCUCCCACCUCUCUGUGGUGUCCCUCUUCUAUGGGACCAUAUUUGGCCUCUACCUGUGCCCUUCAGCAAACAAUUCUACUGUUAAAGAGACUGUCAUGGCUGUCAUGUACACUGUGGUGACUCCUAUGCUGAACCCCUUUAUUUAUAGCCUGAGGAAUCAGGACAUAAAGGGAGCUUUGAGAAGAGUCUUUUCAAAGAGGACAAGUCAUUUUUCUUUGGGACAGUGA